GGUACCAUGUCCGCUAACACCGUGAGCACGCUUAGUAUCGGUGGCGAACGGACAUCAGGCGAUACUGUUAGAAAACAAAAUGUUUUGGCCGCCAACUCUAUCGCCAACAUCGUUAAGACAAGUCUGGGUCCUGUUGGACUUGACAAAAUGCUUGUUGAUAACGUAGGCGACGUCACGAUCACUAAUGAUGGUGCAACAAUCCUCAAGUUGCUCGAUGUGGAGCACCCUGCUGCCAAGAUUCUUGUUCAACUUGCACAACUGCAAGAUGAAGAGGUCGGCGAUGGAACGACUUCCGUUGUAAUCCUGGCUUCUGAAUUGCUGAAAAAUGCAGACGAUCUGAUCUCUCAAAGGAUACAUCCUACUACCAUCAUCAGUGGCUAUAGAUUAGCUUGCCGAGAGGCUUGUAAAUUCAUUCAAGAACAUCUUGCUCUUGACACUGAAAAACUUGGGAAGGAUUCCAUAAUUAAUGCGGCUCGGACCUCAAUGUCUAGCAAGCUGAUUAACUUGGAUGUUGAAUAUUUUGCAAACAUGUGCCUAGAUGCAGCCUAUGCUAUUCGUGUUCCAGAUGGACAUGGAGGUUAUAUUUAUCCGACUAAAGCUGUCAAUAUUCUGAAAGCCCAUGGUAGAUCUAUGCGUGAGAGCAUUCUAGUCAAUGGUUACGCUUUAAACUGCACUGUUGCCAGUCAGCAAAUGCCAAAAUUAGUUAAAAACGCCAGGAUAGCGUGUCUUGAUUUUACCUUACAGAAAGUAAAAAUGAAGCUUGGUGUACAGGUCUGCGUCACCGAUCCAGACAAAUUAGAUGCUAUUCGCGAACGUGAAAGUGGUAUUACAAGAGGGCGCAUCAAAAAAAUACUUUCUGCCGGUGCUAAUGUCAUACUUACCACUGGUGGUAUCGAUGAUUUGUGUAUGAAGUAUUUCGUCGAGGCUGGUGCUAUGGCCGUAAGAAGAUGCAAAAAAGUUGACCUAAAAAGAAUCGCUAAGGCAACUGGAGGUCAUCUUGUUGCCGAGGAGGUUGUUCAAGAAAGAAUCUGUGAUGAUGAACUUAUUCUGAUUCGAGGUCCCAAAUCUCGUUCUGCUGCAAGCAUUGUAUUGCGUGGCGCUAAUGAUUUUUACGUAGAUGAAAUGGAGCGUUCUAUCCACGAUGCUCUUCAGGUAAUAAAACGCACUUUGGAAAGCAGAACGGUUGUACCCGGAGGCGGAGCUUGUGAGGCAGCUGUGUCCAUAUAUUUGGAAAACUACGCUGUCACAAUGUCUUCCAGAGAGCAGCUUGCUAUAGCUGAAUUCGCUCGUGCUAUGCUAGCAAUUCCCAAGCAGCUGGCUGUGAAUGCUGCUCUAGAUUCGACAGAAUUGGUUUCUAGACUUCGUGCUUGCCACAACACUGCUCAGAUCAAGGAAGAGAACUCAAAUCUAAAUUACUGGGGUCUUGACCUUAACAAAAACGCUAUUGCUGAUUGUAAGGAAUUAGGAGUUUUCGAGCCAAUU